AUGGAAAUAAUUAUGAGAGCGCAAGCAUUCGCGGACCCCGACAGUUUCGGAUACAUGACGCCAAAGAGUAAGAUUAUGGAGCUUAAUGCACACCACCCGAUCACAAAAGAGAUGCUUCGCCUUGUAGAAAGCGGAGAGGACGAUGAAAGAGCAGCCGAGCUUGGGCAUCUUGUGUACGACACUGCGCUAGUUGCAUCCGGAUAUGUAAUGCGGGACAGUGACUACAAGAGCUACGCAGACAGAAUGUACAAGUGGAUUGGUGAGAGUGUUGGCGUGGAUCCGAGUGCGCCUAUAGUGGAAGAGUACCCCGAGGAGGAGAAGGCUGACUCAGAGGAGGAGAAGUCUGAUGGUGACGCAAAUUUGAAGGAGGCAUCUAGUAGUAGCGCAGACCCUGCUUCUGAAGACCACAGUGAGGAUUCUUCUGAGGACCAUGAUGAGUUGUUGUACCGUAGUCGAACAAGAGUGGAGGAUGAGGUAUUUAUGGCUACGGUUUCCGUCUUUUAA